AUGCCCUAGCAUAGCCUGGCCACAGAGGUUGUCACCAUGACUGAGUUUGGAGAUUUUAUAUGUGCUCUGGGGGAAUUUGGCCUAUAUCAGAAAUUGCUGGUACUGUUCCUCUCCCUCCCGCUACUUCUUAAUUCUUUCCAAAUGAUUGGCCAAGUGUUCAUGGUUGUGGAUGUGCCUCAUCACUGCAACACCAGCUGGAUCCGUGCCAUCGGCCCCAACCUGACCGAGGAAGAGCAGCUAAACCUCACCCUGCCUCGGGACGCGGACGGGGCAUACGAGCAGUGCUCCAUGUACUCACCAGUGGACUGGGACCUCGACUCCAUCAUGGCCUAUGGGCUGAACGUCACGGAGAAGUGCAGCAGUGGCUGGGUGUACCCCUCAGCACAGCCGCCGUCCCUGCUGACCGAGUUUGACUUAGUGUGUGACAGGAAGGACCUGAACGACAUCUCCCAGUCUGUCUACAUGGCGGGACUUCUCCUAGGAGCCUUGAUCUUUGGGCCACUAAGUGACAGGAUAGGUCGUCGGCCAGUCUUUUUGACCUCCAUCUUCCUCCAGGGCUUGUUUGGUGUAGCAAUUGCCUUUGUGCCCCAUUUCUAUGUGUACAUGGCCUUCAGAUGUGUUGUGGGGGCUUCAGUGUCAGGAAUUCUGAUUACUGACUUGGCCUUGGCUACAGAAUGGGUCGGUGUCUCCUCCCGGCCAAAGGCAGUGCUUAUUUCUCACUGCUUUGUUGCCUUUGGACAGAUGAUUUUGGCUGGUUUGAGUUACGGAAUCCGCAACUGGAGACUGCUGGAGAUUGCAGGAUCUGCUCCAGCAUUUGCCCUUUUCUUCUACAUCUGGGUGCUCCCAGAAUCAGCUCGGUGGCUGGUGACACGAGGCAGAAUAGAAGAAGCCAAGAAGCUCCUUAAGAAGGCAGCAUCCAUCAACAAGCGCACCAUCCCACAAGGACUCCUUGAGCAGCUGAAACCUGAGACACAGACCAAGUCUGGAAGUAUUCUGGAUCUCUUUCAGAAGAAGCAUCUCCUGAAGGUGACUUUAAUAAUGUCGUGUGCCUGGUUUGCAGACAGCCUUGUUUACUAUGGGCUGAGCCUUAACGUGACACAUUUUGGUCUGGACAUCUACCUGACACAGCUUGCCUUUGGGGCAGUGGAGUUGCCAGCUCGAUUCGGCUGCAUUUUCUUGUUGCAGUGGUUUGGGAGGAAGAAAAGCCAGGUGGUUCUCCUGCUGCUGUCUGGCAUCAUGUGCCUCAUCAUCACUGUCAUCCCUGAAGACCAGCCCGUGGUGACCACCGUCUUGGCCAUCACUGGCAAGUUUACAGCCACAGCGUCGUUCUCCACCUCCUACGUCUACGCCGCAGAGCUCUUCCCCACGGUCAUCAGGCAAACCGGCGUGGGGCUGUGCUCGAUGUCAGCACGGGUGGCAGGGAUCUUGGCCCCCCUGAUUCGCCUCCUGGGUCAGUACCACCCGGCCAUCCCCAUGGCCAUCUACGGGAGUGCCCCCGUGCUGGGGGGGCUGCUCUGCAUCCUGCUGACCGAGACCCGUGGUACCGACCUGGUGGAUGACAUAGAGGCUGCCAACCCCCAGCCAAGCGGCAGGACACUGGAAAUUUUGUCAAAGACAGACACUGCAGGGGAUGGAAUAGACUUAGAGAAGGACUUCUACAGAACCUCAGAGAGCAAAUAAGGAAUGGACAGGCACAUACAGAAGGUCUAUUCUCAUUCAGUCUUUCUUAAAGCAGACCACUGAGGCAUCGCAGGCUGGAAACUGGUCUUUCAGGUGAUCCACAAAACCCUCGUGGGCAGAGGGAGAGCAGAUCUGUGUCACUCUGCGUUGGCUAAGGACACACUUGGAACUGUUCACAAAACCCAGUCUGUGAUGCCCGGCUGCGCGUGUCCCCCCAAUGUGUCCCCCAGUCCCUUUGCAAACUGGUACCCGUGGAACCACCCCUGUCGUGUUUUACAGCAAUAAAGAAUCGCCAGUAGAGUGGUAGUACUGGGCAAGCGGGCGCCGGGCUGUGUCCCUCCUGCACUAAUCGCUUGGGCCAGCAGCCUUCUCGCUGGUCCGAGCCUCAACGUUUGAUCAGGAUGUCACCGAAACCCCAUCACACACAUGUAUUUAGCUUUUAUUUCUAUUAUAUGGUGUUGAAUUUGAGUUUCUACGCAAAUAAUAUAAAUUAUACUCUGGGUUUGAUAAGAGACACUUGUAA